AUGCACCUGAGCGUCGACGAGCUAUCGCUGCGAGAGCCUGUGUGGAAUGCCGCAGGCGGAAAACCAAAUGUAUUGGAACUCAACCCUGCACCGGGUGUCUGGCUUGCAAGGUCGAAUGUGUCUUUCCUGAAGCCCGCCGGCGGGGCAGAAAUGAAAAGAGCAACUCAAACUAACAAGGAGGGGCAAUCUAGAAGCCUAAAGACCUUGGCCAUCGACGGUACCAAAGAUGACUGUGAAGCACUGGUCAAGAUUUUAUUUCCACAUAGCCCGGUUGAAUCUCUUAGGGGCAUGUCCCGGGCGGCUCUGCUGGAGCGUGCUACAAUAGAAGGCGACUAUUCUCCGGUGACAAGUCACCAAAGCUCGUCCGCCACGUCUCCUGAUAUGACAAGUUCAAACAAGCCACGGUCAGCUCCGCACUUGGAAGCGAAUGAGGGCCUUUUCAAGCUCCAGUGUCAGGAUUCGAUUGUUUUCGACUGGGAUGAGACAUCACCGGAGACUCGCCAAGGGGUAGAGGAUGACGUGAAUGCACUUUCAUUCUUUCAGGAACAACGAUCUUCAUUCGUCGAUGCUGCCGUAAAGGAUUUAAGAAGGUCAUUGCCAGCUCGUAUCAUGGAAGGGGAUCACAUUGUCUCAAAAGAUCCUUCACCAAAUGAAUUUUCCCAUACCCCACAAAUCAUCCCAUCAUCGACUCCAAGCAGAGUAUCUUCGUACCCCGAAGAGCAGCGGUUGAUCGACGAAUACUUUGCCGGAAUUCAUAUUUUUGCUCCGAUUAUUCAUGAGCCCAGCUUUCGCAAUAAAUAUUCGACAAGGCAGGACAGCCCCGAUAGAUCGUGGCUUGCUCUUCUCAACAUGGUCCUCGCACUGGGUAGUGUCACCUCCUCCGCAGGUGACUCAACCGACGACUACCAGUACUAUCUCCUCGCCAACCAGUACCUCUCAUUAGCGAGCCUGGGCAGCGGACGACUGGAGACAUUACAGGCCCUGAUGCUCAUGGGCGGGCAAUACUUGCAUUUUCGUAAUCAACCGCAUAUGGCUUCUGCUAUUAUUGGUGCUUGCUAUCGUAUCGCAAGUAGCCUUGGCUUGCAUCUGAGGGGAUCUGAAGACAUUGAAGGGCGAAUUAAUCUUCAAGGAGAGGUCAAGCGAAGGAAUUGGUGGUCUAUUUACGUCCUUGACACGUGGGGUUCUAUGACACUUGGAAGGCCCCCAGUCCCCCUUGGCAUACUGAUUGAUCCUCCGAAAAAUAUUAUCGAUGACCAGAGAGGUGAAGUUCCACCGACUGAACCAACGAUCCACGCCCCCUUGAUCCACAACAUCCAACUAUGCAAUAUUAUGAAUCGAAUUCAAGAUCGCCUCAUCGUGAACCCAAUGCUGGAAUAUGAAGAAAUACAAUUCUUCGAUGAAACGCUUGUUGACUGGUUUCAAAGUUUACCGCCAUUCCUACGGUCCAAUGACUUCAAUGCACCCAGUCUACAAGACGCUCGCCUGGUCCUUAAAUGGAGAUACCAAAACAUUCGAUUCCUCUUACAUCGUCCACUUUUGCUCGAUACGGUCAUAAGAAGGGCACCACUUCAGUCUCUACCUACAAAAGACCAGAUCAUCAUCUCAAAAUGCCGGAAUAUUGCGGCAGAUUCAAUCUUCAGCAUUCAAGCCGAGUGGCGCCCAACUAAACUCUGCUGCUGGAACGCAGUCUUCUUCCUCUUUCAAGCAUGCCUGAUCCCGUUGCUGGCUUUGACAGUGGAGUCCUCAGACCACUGCGAGUAUCAAAGUUGGUACAGCCAAGUCCAAAUCGGAAUUUCUCUCUGUGGGACCAUGUCACAAUUAAGCCCUAUUGGUCAAAAGACAGAGGCCUUUUUAGAACAGCUGUUUUUCACUGUCAUCAAUACGCCGUCGUCAAUGUCCCAUUACCUGGUCUCUACAACCCUACAGCCCCCUGCAGAAACACUCAUGGGACUCUUUGCUGAUGAUUGGGACUAUUUCAACGAAACCAACGCCUUCGCUCAACUUGACUGCAGUGAUAUAUCUUGUUUUGAGCCUCAAUUUCUACCACAGCAUCAACAGCCCUUCAGUUGA